AUGGCUACUAGCAAAGUCCGAACAAGUAGUUUCUCAAAGAACUUUUCAGCUGCACCUACCUCUUCUGUCCUUGGUCUCAAGUAUGGACCAAAUGGAACAAUCUUUCUUUCAUCAGGCAUACCGGAUCUUGAUAAGAUUUUAGGUGGGGGAUUCCAUUUAGGAAGUCUGGUAAUGAUCAUGGAAGACACUGAAGCACCUCAUCAUAUGCCUUUGUUAAGGACUUUCAUGUCUCAGGGACUAGUACACAACCAACCUGUUCUUUAUGCAAGCCCAAUCAAAAACCCUAGAGCCUUUCUUGGAACCUUGCCAACUACUUUAGUCCCCAAAGAUGACAAAUCUCGUAACACUGAUGCAGAACAUAAGGAUUUGCGGAUUGCUUGGCAAUAUAAGAAGUACCUUGGGGAAAAUAAGCAACAUAACGAGGAGCGAGGUAAUUUUAUGGGAAACCAUGUGGAGUGUUUUAGCCUUUUAGAUUGUUCAAAUCUUGCUGGAUUUUGUGAUAGUUGUUCAAAGUUCAUAUCUCAAUUUCCAAAGAACAAUUGCUAUCCAAUCAUUUUGAAGCCUGUUGUGUUCAAGGGAUAUCAAAUAGGCGGUGCAAUCUGUGAUGGAGCUAUAGGGGCGACUGCCAAAACGCUUAAAUUACCUCGUGAAGAUGAGUUCUGGAGUAGGGGAAUUAGUGCUUGUGCAAUCUGUGAUGGAGCUUCACCAAUUUUUAAGGGUGAAGUUCUUGCUGUUGUUGGAGGAGGUGAUACAGGAACUGAGGAAGCAAUAUAUUUGACUAAAUAUGCAAGACAUGUACAUUUACUUGUACGCAGGGAUCAAUUAAAGGCCUCACGAGCUAUGCAAGACAGAGCACCUGGUUUUGGUGACAGAAAAAGUCAAUAUCUUGAUGAUAUUGCUAUUCUUACUGGAGGCAAUUUGGUUCAGGUAACUGUUGAGAAGGUUGUUUUGGAACAAAGCAAUAGCCAGUAUGAGCUUCAAGGCGAAUACGUGUUGCUGGAGAAUGAGGCUUACUAA